AUCAACUUCCUUCUCUCAUCUUAUAGACUUGUCAAUAUUCAGUGGGCUAUAAAAUUAGAAGAUUGUUUGAACCUUUUGAGUGAGAACAAGUAGGUAAAGAAGCAAAAUAUGACAACCAAGAUAGUAUCUUGGUGGUUGUUGAUUUUAUUCAUAGCAAAUGGAUGGUGGUGUUGUAAUUCUUGUUGGAAAGAAGAAAGGACUGCUCUCUUGCAACUCAAGGCAAACAUAAACUACAAGAUAGCCGGCGAUUAUUUGCCAUCAUGGGUGGCUAAUGAAACCUCAGAUUGUUGUCGAUGGGAAGGAAUUGUUUGCAGCAAUAAGACCAGAAGAGUCACUGAGUUGUCCAUUAUUGUCGAGAAAAUUAAUCAAGAAGAACAAUUUAGUACUCUUACUGGUACAAAUACUGAUGAUAGUAUUUUGGAGAACUGGCUUUUCAACGCAUCUUUAUUUAUUCCCUUCAAAAAUCUCAAAGCUCUGCUCCUCCCUGAACUUUCAUUGGCCGAUUGGGUGAAGAAUGAAGGCUUUGAGAAACUGAGACGACUGCGUAAACUGGAAACACUUGAUUUAUCAGGGAACAAGUUCAAUCGCAGCAUCUUUGAGUCUAUUAGUCAACUUUCAUCUCUCAAGUCAUUGAACCUCUCAGGCAACUACAUUAAUGGAUCAGGUUCCAACACAUGGUUCUCUCUGUUUGCCUCUUUGAACUAUUAG